GCCUCGGGGGCGGGCGCGACCCGGGAAUGGGCGGUACGGGGAGCACGUGGUGGGGCCCCGCGCGCGGGCUGUCUGUCGCCUGCUGCAGACCGCUCGGCGCGGCCUCCCAUUGCACCUCUCCGGGUCGUUAAACUUCAGGCUCCUGGGCCAGUUUGCAGGGAACGGAAGAGAGGCCUGCCCUCCCCCUGCCUGGCCUGCUUCCCCGCUCACCUGCUGGGCCAGGCAGGUUUUCACUUAGCACCGUCACGUAGGGUAGGCUGUGCUGUGGCACCAGCUCCUGGGUCCAGCAUUGUGACUGUGUAUUAUAGCGUGGAGAUCAGCAACCCAGGAGAGUUCUACUUGUGGAUGCUCCUGUUGAUAUGGAAAAGAUUGAAGAAGAAUUUGCUAAUCUGCAUAUUGUUAAACGCUCCUCAGAACCUAAAGAACCCACUUACCUGCUGGGCAUAGACACAUCCAACACUGGACGAGCAGAAAAAGGAAGCAUAGUUGCUGUUUUAUGUUCUAAUGAAUCAAUAAGAAUAUAUGAUAAGGAAACCCUAAACAUACUGCAUAAAUUUAGUGGACAUCCAGGGCUUCUUAAUGGAGUCAAAUUUGCAAAUUCCUGUGACAAUGUAUAUUCAGCAAGUACUGAUGGCACCAUAAAAUGUUGGGAUGCUCGAUUAGCCAGUGACAAACCCAUUCAGCUGUUCAAGGGUUACCCUUCUAAUACUUUUAUCAGUUUUGAUAUCAACUGUAAGGAUCAUGUCAUUUGUGCUGGUACAGAAAAAGUUGACGAUGAUGCACUGUUGGUGUUUUGGGAUGCAAGAAUGAAUUCUCAGGAUCUGUCUACUGGUAGAGAACCACUGGGUGCAUAUUCAGAGACACACAGUGAUGACAUCACUCAAGUAUGUUUCCAUCCCAGCAAUCCCAACAUGCUUGUCUCCGGCUCAACUGAUGGGUUGGUAAAUGUAUUUGAUAUUAGUGUGGAUAAUGAAGAGGAUGCUCUGCUCACAACCUGUAACUCAGUUUCAUCAGUAAGCUGUAUCGGUUGGUCUGGCAAAGAUUAUAAACAGGUUUACUGCAUGACACAUGAUGAAGGAUUUUGUUGGUGGGACUUAAAUAACUUGGACUCUGAUGAACCAAUUACACGACUUUGCAUCCAAGAUGUCAGAGAAAUCUUCAACAUGAAAGAAAGUAAUUUGGAUUAUUUGAUUGGUGGCCUGUAUCAUGAAAAGAUGGACAAAUUGUUUGUUAUUGGAGGAACAAACACAGGAAAGAUUCACUUAGUGAAUUGCGCCCCAUCAGGACUGACCCACGUGACCAGCCUUCAGGGAGGGCAUACUGCCACCGUUCGUUCCUUCUGUUGGAACAUGCAGGAUGAUUCUCUGCUGACUGGAGGAGAAGAUGCACAAUUGUUACUUUGGAAACCUGGAACUGGAAACAAGGAAGAGAAGACCUUCGCAAAGAAAGACAGCAUGAAAAUAGCAUCCUCUGUGCAUCAGCGAGUGCGCGUCCACAGUCAUGAGUCGUAUAAGAGAAAGACAAAGUGAUGCAGCAGUGAUGUGAGAGUGCCAAGUACUGUGUUGUAGCUUUGGUCUACUACCUUUGGUAGAUGUAUGCAAAGCUGUGUAUGAAUGAACAACAAAAUCAGCUAGCAAGCAAUCCUGGAGAAGUGUUGAGAAUGUGUUAUAUAUAUGAAAAUAUUUUUAAGGCAUCUAUUUAGUAAGAAAAAAAAUCAAUGAAUUGAAAGUAAAAUUGUGUGCCUCAUUUAAAAAACCCAUCUGUUGAGUUACUAAAUGUUGGGUUUAAAGGAAUUGAUCUGAUAUGAACUUUUUAGAAGUAAAUAGCUGGGAAACUUAAUAGAACAGGUGGUUUGAACUGUGUUGUGUUUUUUUUUUAACAUGAUCUUUGUUUAUAAAUCCAAAUCAGACUCUUCAUUUGAGGAGCUUCUGCUUAAUA